CGGCGUGUAGCUAACAGUCCACUAGCUAGCAGCUAGCAGGUAGAUGUGUUUCCGCUCAGGUUUCACUGUUAAUCGUAUUUUGGGGGGAUUCUCGGAACUCUUACCUGUUCUAACGGAUAAACGUUUAUGUGACGUCAUCACCCCGGUGUUUAGCCGUCGGUUAUCCGUUAACGGCCAGGCUGCUCUGACCGGUGUAGCGGUGAGAAGUUACUCCAAAGACAGAAAGAUGCCUAAAAAAGACAAACAGGUGAAAAAACAGCCGGCUGAUGUUGGAGCAGCUCCGACUGAAGCUUCAUCUCCAGUGACUCGAGAUAAAAGUGGAGCGGUGACGAUCACGGUGCACGCUAAACCCGGCUCCAAACACAGCAGCAUCACAGGAGUUUCAGCAGAGGCGGUGGGUGUGGCUAUAGCAGCUCCUCCUACAGACGGGGAGGCAAACACGGAGCUCAUUCGAUACCUGGCUGAAGUCCUGGAGCUGAAGAAGAGUCACAUCUCUCUGGACAAGGGCUCUCGGUCCAGGGAUAAACUGAUCAGAGUGGACUCCUCUCUCAGCGUGGAGGAGGUGCUGCAGAGGCUCAGACAGGCUGCAGGCUGACCAGAGGGAGUGAUGACGGAGGAGGAGGAGGAGGAGGAUGGAAACAAGCUGCCUGCUGAGAGGAGGACAGAGUAAGACUAGGCCGUCCAGCUGGACCAGUUUGGUUACUGGGACUCCUGAAAGAAGGAGCGUCACCAUGGAAACAAACCGAUGAGCCGGGCUCGUUUCCAUCCGUGGUUCUGCUGCAGCUUCAGGACAGAGAGAGUUCGUCUGCAGGCUGGAUGUGAUGAUUUUAUGUUGGAUGUUUGGAGAAAAAAACAGCUUUAUAUGUGGGUCAUGUUUUUGGUUUAAAGAGAUUUUUUUCCUUUAAUAAAAGUUAAAUGGACCCAUGUGACUACGUCUUAUUCCUCAAGGUUUUAUUAUCGAGGGAAGACUUGAAGUUCUUCAGGAUUAAAAAAAAGACAGAAAAUUCCACACCAGUAAGAAGGCAGUAGGUGGCGCUGUGUUACUACUGUUAAACUCUGAAGUCAAUGCAUUUUCAGGCUGGAAACACUGAAUAAACCUGCUGUUGGUGAUGGAAACAAAGAAAAAUCCUUUAAACCUGAAUUUGAUAUCAGAUUUAGAGUCAAAGAUUACAUACCCGACUAUGAAAGCAAAAAGAGGAAGUUCAGCGUUAACAGAAAGAGUUCAAUCUGUGGAAAAGAGACGACUGAGAGAAUGUGUGCAGAGUGUUUCAGAGAACAGGAAUAAAAAGCAAACACGCUCCUCUCUACUCCACACACCUGAACUUAUUCAAGUUUAUUCAAAUAUUUCACCUUUAAAAGUUCCUUUAUGUUGACUGAAUAAAUGUGAAAACUGCAGGAACUGUGGGAGGCAAAUGUCUUCAUAUGUUGUGAUUUUUCUCAUGCAAUUUUUUAAAUUUACUUUAUUAUCUCUUAAACUCUAAGUUUGGCUUCUUGUAAAUGUUUGACUUUUUUAACUUAUCAUUUU